AAUCCCCAGCAGCUGUGAAUGCUGAGCUUGUUUGGCUUUGAUUGGAUGGGGCUGGUUCUCUGCAGCAUUUAUAAUUCUUCAGUGUUGGGUGGUUUGUUACAACUUGUCUUGACCAUCAUGAAUUCACAGGUGUAUUUGGGGCUUCUCCUCUUUCCCCUGCUGUUUGUGGAUUCAUUUGGUCUUCCUGCUAAAGGCUCUCAAGCCCCCAGUUAUGGUGGUGGCAGCAGCACACAUGAACCAAGCUAUGUUCCUCACAGGAGAGGAUCCUAUGUGCAGUACAGUAGUCCUGAUUUAAUGUCUCAGCCAAUGCACUUCUAUGUCCAAGAACCCAGCCUCUCUCAAGAGGUGGUUGAAACAGUUCCAGCCCCUGACAAUAUGGGUCUUGUGGCCCCUGGAGAGCUUUACCCUAGCAGCUCUAGCUCUUCUCCUGUUCAGGAAGGCUAUUUUCUUGGUUCAACACAACCUGAAGCAGCUCAGCCUGGCUUGCCAGCAUCAAGUUGGCUUGUUGCUCCCCAAAGCUUUGAGGAAGCCUCUACUAAUGCCCAGGCCCAAAGUACCAGUGAGCUCCUCCCACAACCACCAGCUGGACCAGUCCUCCAGUCAGGAGAGACCUCCAAUAUCGUGAAGGAAGCUGAACUGGGAAACUACCAGCAGGAGACGGAAGAAUUUGGCUACCCGGGCCAACCGGCAGCAUCUGAGCCAGGCUUCACAAGGCUGCCUGUACCAAGCGUUGUCCUGCCAGGUUACUGGGGAAGUCCUUAUCCUGGCUUUGACUACAGGCUCCUGUACGGUCUGUAUCCUCCUGGCACGUACAGCACAUUCAGCCAGAGCCACGAGAGGGGCAAAGACUACUACAAGGAUGUCCACUACCUGAAGGAACAUGAGUCUGAGGAGGAUGAAGGUCCUCAACAACAGAAGGUCUUCCCAGGCCCCCCACAGUACUCUACAGGUCAACAAGUGGCCUCAAGGGUGUGAUUAACAGCAAGAUGAUAGAUUUUGCAUGUCUGAAUUAUAUCAAUUUUUUUUUUCCUCUCCAGCCUGGACAGUAAGGAUGUUGACCAAAUUACUAUUCUGUGAAAUAAACCUGACUACUGUCUUGAUUGUG